CGUAUGAAGGUAUCAAAGUAAUUUGGUAGAGUAGAUUGGCUUCACCAUUUUGUUUCCUCCUCUGAAAUCAAUGCCGGCUCUUCACUUACUAAAUUCAACCUUCUCUAAUCUCCACGCUGAUAAAUUCCAGAACGCAAAUUUCGCCAAACUUCCCUCAUGGGUAUCCCUCAAAUCCAACAAAUCAUCGCCCAAAUCCCCCGAAACUCACCGCGGAGAGCUCGAAAACGUCCAUCUACUCUCCCUCUCGAAACAGGACAAGCUCAAAGAAGCCCAUGAAUACCUUCUCCAAAUGCACCAUUUCAACAUCCCCGUCUCCCCUCAAUCGUAUAAGCACCUGCUGCACACAUGUUCCAAGCUGAAGUCGUUAAAAUUCGGCAAACUGAUCCACCGCCGUUUGCCGGAAGACCCUCCGGAUUAUCUUGUUAACUGCGUUCUCGGAAUGUACUGUGAUUGCGGGAGUUUGUCCGAUGCGCGGAAACUGUUUGAUGAAAUGCCUGAGAGAAGUAUGGGUUCUUGGGUCGUAAUUAUAUCUGCUUACGCAGAUGAAGGGCUGUUGGAGGAUGCUGUGAAACUGUAUUUGAGUAUGCAAGAUUCCGACUUUAAGCCGAAUCCGUAUGUUUACGUCUGUCUAUUGAAGUCUUUUUCAGAAUCUUGGUGUUUGGAGAUUGGGAAACAGAUGCAUUGUCGAGUAAUCAAGGCCGGGUUUGGUGAUAACGUAGCGUUGGAUACUGCGUUAUGCAAUAUGUAUGUGAAAUGCAGGAGCUUGGAUUGCGCGGAGAGAUUAUUCGGUCUGAUGAAUGAGAAGAAUGUAGUUUCAUACACCACGAUGAUGGUGGGGUGUGCUCAAGCAAAUAGGCAUCAUGAUGCAUUGAGAUUUUUCGAAAGAAUGGUUGAUGAAGAUGUCGAUUUGGAUGAGUUUGCGUUUUCGAUAACUCUGAAGGUUUGUGCAGCGCUCAUUGAUCGAAAAUUGGGCGAGCAAGCUCAUGGGUUGAUCGUGAAGCACGGGAUACAACGCGAGGUCUCUGUGGGGACGCCUCUCGUGGACUUCUAUGUGAAAUGUGGAGACGUUGAGUCCGGUAUCCGAGCGUUUGAGGCUAUAGAUGAGCCGAAUGAUGUGUCUUGGAGUGCUUUAUUGUGUGGCUAUUCUCAAAUUGGGGAGUUUGAGAAAUGCAUCGAUGUUUUCAAGCGAUUGAGAAGUGAAGGUGUUGUUUUGAACAGAUUCAUGUACACAAGCAUAUUUCAAGUGUGCUCUGCUUUUGCGGAUUUCAAUUUCGGAUCGCAGGCUCAUGGCGAUGCGAUAAAGAGAGGGCUUGUUUCGUAUCUCUACGGAGAGAGUGCGAUGAUCACGAUGUAUGCCAAGUGUGGGAAGUUGGACUACGCGUUUCGAGCAUUUGAGUCCAUGGAUGCACCGGAUACUGUGGCGUGGACAGCCAUGAUCGCUGGCUGUGCUCACCAUGGGAAGGCCUCGGAGGCCAUUUCCCUUUUCAGGAAAAUGCAGGCUUCCGGGGUGAGGAUCAACGCCGUCACUUAUGUGGCGAUCCUCACGGCCUGCAGCCAUGCCGGUUUGGUUCGAGAAGCAGAGGAGUUUUUUCGAUCCAUGGGUAGUAAAGCGACGAUUGAUCACUACAACUGUAUGAUCGAUGCCUACUCUCGAGCCGGAUUAUUGAAACAAGCGUUUGAUUUGAUAAAGGGAAUGCCAUUCGCGGCGGAUGCCAUGAGCUGGAAGAGUUUGCUUGGGGGCUGCUCGAUCCACAGGGAGUACGAGAUCGGGAGAGCCGCUGCGGACGAGCUCCUCCGGCUUGACCCCCAUGACGCUGCUGCUUAUGUCCUCCUGUUUAACAUGCACGCUUCGUGUGGGAGGUGGGAGGAGGCGGCGGGGGUGAGGAGGCUGAUGGCGGAGAGGGGCGUGCGGAAGGAGACGGGGUGCAGCUGGAUCAGCAUUGGUGGGGAGGUGCAUCGCUUCGUGGUGGGGGAUCGGCACCAUCCCCGGGCGGAGGAGGUGUACGCGAAGGUGGACGAGAUGGGAUUCGGGGAAACGAGUGAGGAUGUCGUGUUGUUGAGUGAGGAAGACGAGGUGUGGAGGGAGAGGAAGAGACAGGAGAUGGUGCACAGCGAGAGGCUGGCGAUAGGGUACGGGCUGAUAGCGACGGCUCCAACGUCGGCGAUUGUUGUUUUCAAGAACCUGAGGGCGUGCAGAGGCUGCCAUGAGUUUGGUAAGCAUGUGUCGCUCGUGACGGGACGGGAGAUUGUGGUUCGAGAUUCAAAUAGAUUCCAUCGCUUCAUAAACGGAGAAUGCUCGUGUGGGGAUUACUGGUAGCUGGCAGUGAAAAAGAUUGUUGCCGGCGUCAGAAGGGAGAGGGCAAUAUAACGGUUGUUGCGUAUAAUGAAUGACAGAUGAAGAACAGUAACGCAAAAGACAGUGUGGGAUCGUUGGCAUAUUCAAAGCCCAUAUUUAGCUGCGUUUUCGAACUUCAUGGGCGACAGUGGGAUGGGUCGACCUCAUUCCCAAAUUGUGGUGAUCAUGAACAAAAAAUACAUUUCAUCUUAUGACAAAAACUGCCAUUAAAUGGCACACUUCAUUCCUUCA